GUGGCGCCACCUCUCCGCGGGCAAUGGGCAGCAAAGCCCCUUGUGCGCCGGGGCUGCCCGAGCGGCUGGGGCCCGGCCCAGGGCGGCGCCCGAGGACUCCGGGAGCCGAGGAGAAGCACCUGCUGAGCAGCGUGGCCGCGGCGCAGGCCCUGGCCAGAGUCAUCCGGCCCUGCUACGGCCCCCACGGGCGGCAGAAGCUGCUGGUGACCGCCCGAGGAGACACCGUGGUCACGGGGUACGCCGCCGCCAUCCUCCGCGCCCUGGAGCUGGAGCACCCGGCCGCCCGGCUCCUGCGGGAAGCCGCGCUAGCGCAGGCGGAGCACAGCGGCGACGGCGCAGCCUUCGUGGUCCUCCUGGCCGGAGCCCUGCUGGAGCUGGCCGAGCGGCUGCUGCGGGCCGGCCUGCCGCGCUCGCAGCUCCGGGAGGCCUAUGCCGCCGCGAGCGCCGAGACCCUGGCCCUGCUGCCCGCCCUGGCCAUCCGCUCUCUGGGGCCGCUGGAGGACCCGUUUUGGGCCCUUCAUUCGGUGAUGGAUACCCACGCUCCGGCCCAGACGCACUACUUGACCAAGCUGGUGGCCCACGCCUGCUGGGCGACCAGGGAGCUGGACGGCAGCUUCCAGCCCGAGCGCGUGGGGGUGUGCACGCUGCCGGGAGGAAGGCUGGAGGACUCGUGCCUGCUCCCGGGGCUGGCCGUGUCCGGGAAGGCCUGCGGGCAAGUGACCACGGUGCUGAGAGGCGCCAGGGUGGCUCUCUUUGCUUGCGACUUCGGUCCUGCCAGUCCAAAUGCUCCGGCAACUGCCCGGCUCUCUAGUCCUGAUGACCUAACCAAGUUUAGGAAAGGCAGCGAGCAACUGAGAGAGAAGCAGGUGGCCCAGCUGGCGAGAGCGCGUGUUAACGUGGCGGUGGUGUGGGGGGAAGUCGAUGAGAAGACCCUAACACAGGCUGAUAAGUGCGGCAUCAUGGUGAUUCAAGCCACAUCCCGGCGGGAGAUGACUUACCUGAGUGAGGUCCUGGGCACACCUUUGAUGCCUUACCUGCUUCCCCCCCUGGAGCCAGGGAAGUGCCAGAGGGUGUACGUGCAGCAGCUGGGGGCAGGUUUGGCGGUGGUUUUUGAAUGGGAAAGUCCAGGCAACCCUGCCCUCACCUUGGUCCUCAGGGCGGCCACGACUGAGGGGCUGCGGGGUGCGGAGCAGGCUGCCUAUCAUGGCAUUGAUGCCUAUGCCCAGUUGUGUCAGGAUCCCAGACUGCUUCCAGGAGCUGGGGCCACGGAGAUGGCUCUGGCGAAAAUACUCUCAGAUAAAGGGACCAAAUUGGAAGGGCCUAAUGGUCCUGCAUUCCUAGCAUUUGCCCAGGCCCUGAGGUCUCUUCCUGAGACCUUGGCAGAGAACGCAGGCUUAGCUGUCUCAGAAUUGAUGGCAGAAGUGCAUGGAGCUCACCAAGCUGGGAACGUCCUAACAGGAGUAGGAGCUGAAGGGAUAAUUAAUGUGGCUCAGGAAGAGGUGUGGGACACCCUAAUGGCCAAAGCCCAAGGGCUCCGAGCCGUGGCUGAUGUGGCACUACAGCUUGUGACCAUAGAUGAAAUUGUUGUGGCCAAGAAAAGUCCCACAAUUCAGCAGGACUCGAAUCCAGAUCCUAAGAAGGCAAAGGAACACCCAUCUCCUGUGAAAAAAAAAGUCCUUGGAACAAAUAAGUAGCAACAUCCUCAGUAAAAUAGGGAUUGCCUCGGAGUGCACAAUCACCCCAAAAAUGAAUGUUUGCUUUAGGGAUUCCCUCCAUGUUUGUUACUAUUAGAGUCCGUUCCUUUCAAU